CUGGCCCUUCAUUUCACAUCUCCACCAUUACCCAAUCUUCUUCUCUCCGGUUCCGCGAACCGACAGGUGACUUCUAGGAACCUGUCGCCGCACGGCUUCAUCUUCGACGAUCUCCCCUCCCCUUCUCUAUGGCUAGGGCUUCGUGAAUUCGGCUUUCUCAUCGUCUUCGACCCCCGCCGAUCCCCGUGGGCUGCUAAUUCAUUGAAAGAAAUUUAUUUUGAGGAUUCGUUCUUUUUGUAAACAUCAAGAAAUUCGGCAACUUUCUUUCACAAAAUUGGGAAAAAGUUUUCGUCUUUGUAGCUGGAGGUUCUAUAGAUCGUAGAUCGGCUAUCUGCUGUUGGUAUAUUAAACGUGGGCAAUGUCUACUGCAUCCUCAUACUGGUGCUACCGGUGCAGCCGCUUGGUCAGGGCGUGGCCGCAGGAUUCGAUCGUCUGCCCGGAUUGUGAUGGCGGUUUCCUCGAAGAGGUCUCCCCCCCGCCACGCCUUGCUCGCCAGUAUCGGCUUGGAGCUGACGAAGCAUCUCCGGCAACACCUAGGAUUCGUCGCCACCGACGCGCCGGGGUUGGAGAUCGCUCCCCCUUCAAUCCUGUCAUCGUCCUUCGCGGUCCCGCUGAUGGUGGUGGAGGUCGGGACGCAGAUCGUUUCGAGCUGUACUACGACGAUGGGGCCGGAUCUGGUUUACGGCCGCUUCCGCCUACCAUGUCAGAGUUUCUGAUGGGUUCUGGAUUCGAGCGGCUUCUUGAUCAGCUUGCCCAGAUCGAGAUCAACGGUCUCGCUGGUCGCAGAUUUGAGCAUCCACCUGCAUCUAAAGCAGCCAUCGAAUCCAUGCCAACGGUGGAGAUUUCUGCCUCUCAUGUUGGAACGGAUUACCACUGUGCCGUGUGCAUGGAGGCGCUUGAGAUCGGUUUGGAAGCGAGGGAGAUGCCCUGUAAGCAUCUUUACCAUCAAGAUUGCAUCUUGCCAUGGCUCGCGCUACGAAAUUCCUGCCCGAUAUGCCGGCACCAGAUGCCGACGGAUCAAAGGGGCGGUGGGGCGGCGGAGACUGAAGUGGAUGAUAGGAGUGCUGCUACGGUCAGUGAAGAUGAGACCGUGGGCCUUACCAUUUGGAGGCUUCCGGGUGGUGGGUUUGCGGUUGGGAGGUUCUCCAGCAGCGUGAGUCCGGGGGAACGCCAUCUUCCGGUUGUGUACACUGAGAUGGACGGCGGCUUCAAUUCCAGUGGUGCACCGAGGAGGAUAUCUUGGACUGAGGGUGAGAGAAGGGAUCAGCAAAGAGGGGGAAUUGGCAGGGUGUUUCGCAAUUUCUUCUCUUUCUUUAGGAGAAGACGAUCAUCCCCGUCUUCUCGAUCAUCUCCCUCUUCUGCACUAUCAAGUUCAGACUCUGUAUCUGCAAUUUCAGAAAGGCACCAGAGAAACAGAGUGUUUAGGUUUAACAGCGGCCUUCCUUCCGUUAGGCAGUAAAUGGGUUUGUUAGUAAAGAGAGAGGAAGAAACAACAAAAAAGAGGAUAAUUUCUUCUUUGUUUUAAGCUUUAUCUAUUAGAUGUUAUAAUCAAUGGAGUUUUUUGCUCCGUCUCAUUUAGGGAGGGGAAUCAUUGUAAUAGCUGUAGAAUGCUUGUCGUUUAAUCUUUAUAAAGCAAUGUAAAUAGAAAGGUUA